AUGGGGUUGCGCAGUUCUCUUGCCAGCUCUAUAGCGCUGGCCUCUCUCAGCUCCAUCGGUGCGCUCGCCGUCAGCGCGCCGCACUGCGUCAGCGACAGCUCGCAAAUAUGCUUUAGCUGGGGCGUACCCGAGGCGGCCAUCUCGUCCGGCGCCGGCAACGUCUACUUCCAGCUGCGCGCGCCGAGCUCCUACGAGUGGGCUGCGCUCGGCAUCGGCAGUCAGAUGAGCGGCGCCCAAAUCUUCCUCAUGUACCAGGACGGCACCGGCAACGUCACCCUCAGCACCCGGCGCGGCACCGGGCACGUCAUGCCGCAGUACACCCAGCGGUCCGCAACCCUACUCGCCGGUUCUGGCGUCGUGGGCGACGAGAUGGUGGCCAACGUCCGCUGCGCCGACUGCACGAGUGUCAGUCUUCAGGGGUCGAGCGGCUGGCUGUCCGCGUGGAAGGCCGGCAGCCCCAUCGACUCAACAGACCCAAACGCGUCCAUCGACUACCACGAUGAUCACUCCGUCUUCCAGAUUGACCUCAGCCAGGCUGCCAUCAGUUCUGACUCGAACCCGUUUACCAGUAGCGAUGAUGGUGGCAGCUCUGGUGGCGGUAAUAACAACGGCAACGGCAACGGCAACGGCAACGGCAACGGCGGCGGCGGUAACAUCGUCUCUGGGGGUGGUGGUUCUAGCUCUCUUUCGACCACGCUUCUCCAUGCCCAUGGAAUUCUCAUGAUGAUCGUCUGGGUUGUUUUGUACCCUGCCGGCGCCCUUCUGAUGCCCAUCAUCGGCAAGUGGAUAUUCCAUGCGGCCUUCCAGACCAUCGCUUUCCUCGCCAUGUGGGCAGGUCUCGGCAUGGGCUAUGUUCUGGCCAACAGACUUGGCAUUUUCUUCCAAAACACACAUACUCGUCUCGGAAUCAUGGUUUGCGCCUUGAUGUUCCUGCAACCCAUCCUAGGUGCUCUGCACCACGCGAGCUUCAAGCGCCAAGGACGUCGCGGUGUUCUGAGCCACAUUCAUGUUUGGUGCGGCCGCGCACUCAUCAUUCUGGGUAUCAUCAAUGGCGGACUCGGUCUCCAGUUGGCCAACACUAGCAUGUCUUUGCGUAUUGCUUACAUUGUGCUCUGUGCCGUCAUUGCUGGGCCGUAUGUCUUGUCCAUUCCUUGGUUUGAAAUGAGGAAGGCCAAAGGGGCCAAGAAUCAAUCCAUCAGCAGCAAAGGCCGGGCGACGAGUGCCGCUUCAGACGAAGCUUCAAGUCGGUAG